UGAAAGAGAAGAUGAUGAUAAGGGGGGAAAUUCCCAGGGAGUCAAUAAGGUUACCUUUCAAUUCAACAUUGAGUUUAGUUCAUCUUACAAACUUAUCCAACUCACCCAAGUCUAUCAACUGAUUUAUCGAGCAUUUUUUUAUCAAAUUAUUAUCUAUGUUUAACUAUUAACUAAUCAAUUCAAUAAUCAAUUGUGAUUAAGUAAUCAAAUCUCAUCUUUAAUCAAUGUGACACUCUCACAUUGUAAUCAACAGGAUAAUCCCUUUUAAUCAGCUGAGAUUUUCUUAAUCUUCAAUUACAAUUUGAUUGUAUUGUUUUUAUGCUCACCUUAAUUCACUUGUAUUAAUAUCAAUCAGCUUGAUUGUCAACAAUUAAAACUUUCAACAAGUGUGCUCCUUGAGUGUCAAUUUUUACCAACAAUUAAUAGUUUGCUUGUUGAUUAUAUAUAUCAACUUGUUACAUGGAUUAAUUUACAUAACAACAAUUAGUUGAUUAUCAUCUGACCAAUUGUCUAAUCCAUCAAGUGUCCACCAAUUAAUAAUUAGCUAAAUAUGUUCAAUCAACAAUCAUAUUUAACCAUCAUCACAAUUAUAAUCAAUUUCUCACUGGAUUUAACUGUUUCCUUGCAAAGCUCAGGAUCCAAGUGUAAUCGGACUGUUGAUGUUUACGAAACAAUCACCGAGCCCAAAGUGACCGAUUCUAAUCGUGGUCAACCAAUUACUUGUAUCUACACAAUUAGGAUUAAACCAGAACGUAAAGAUUGGCUUGUGUUCAUUAGAUUCACUAAAUUUAAUGUUGGACAAGUUAAUUACGAUCGGACUAAUUGUUUGGGUGGUUACUUUCAAAUCAUUGAUGGUUACAGGAAUACAAGCAAUUUACAGCAUCUAAAUCCAGGAUUUUUCUGUGGUGAAAUUGAUAUGCCAAAGAAUAUUAUCUCAGAAACGCCGUAUGUCCGGAUAGUAUUUCAUUCUGAUUCUUAUUCAGAGGAGACGCAGUUUCAGUUUAGCACCGAGAUACAGAAACAGGACGAACACUGGACUAAACUUGGACAAUUUCAUAAGACUCGAAAUCGUCGUGGUCAGUUGAUCACCUCAACUUAUUGUGAUCGGAUUAUUCAAGAUUGUUCACCUGGACAUUGUUACAUCCAUUCCCCUGGUUAUCCUGAAAUUUACCCAAGAAACUUGAAAUGCAGAUAUUUAAUCAAAUCACCUGGUGGAUUAACCAAACUUGAAAUUGUUGACAUGGAUAUUGAUGGUGAACAAUGUGAAGGGAUGUUAAUCUGUUUCCCUCGACCAGUAACUCGUAAUUACAAUCAAUGCCCUUACGAUUCAAUUAAAAUUUAUGACGGAUCAACAUCCAAAGAUCAACUAAUUACAUCACUUUGCGGAAGAGGACGAUUAUCAUCAAAUAUAAUCGCCUCCCAGCCCUGGAUGCUCAUUGAAUUUGAAUCGUCGCCCGCUGGACGAUUAGUGGACACUGGGUUUCAGAUUAAAAUCGAGACUGAUAUUAUCUUUGAUUCUGGUCGUUCGGUUGAGGUUUCACCUGAUGGAUCAUGUUUACUUCAAGAGACUAUAACUGAUUCAGUUGAUUCAAGUAUCUUCACCAAUCCUCGUUCAUGGUACCCUGGUAAUGUUACAUGUUCAUAUCUGUUCACGGCACCCGAUCAAUUGGAUCACCUUUCAAUUGAAUUUCUCAGUUUUACUAUUGAGCGAAUCACUUUGUGCGAGGAAAAUGUCAGAAUCUAUGAUGGCCCAGAACCCGAUCCAUUCAGAUUAAUGAAUAAUCUUUGUGAUACCAACAAACCCAUGGGUGGAGCAUCCGAAUCAGUCUAUGUUACAAGUGGACCUUCACUUCUUGUCCAGUUUCACAGUUCGACUGGUUCAUUAGAUGGAUCAUCAAUCAACUACCGUUUCCAAGUUAAACGAUUAAUCCCGGAGAUAAAAGUUUCUUCUGAAUUUGUUUCACAAAAUUGUUCAAAACUUUUCACCGCAAUUUCACCUUUAACAAUUAACUCAUUCUCAUCACUUCAUGAGCAAUUAAACUCUGGUUCAUUCACAAUCAACCCGUCCGAUUUUAACUUCCCAAUUGAUGGUAAAAUCCACUGUAAUCUAACCUUUGAUGCAUCAAUCAUUUCCCAUGGACGGGUUAACGUUUCAAUCAUUUCACCCUUCAAUUCAGCUCUUACCUGUGGUAAAUAUUGUGAUAUCGGAAUUCUCGGAGUUAAUCAGCCUAAAUUACUUGUCCACCGGGCAGUUGAUUCAACCCAUUUUCUGUCACCACUUUGCUUCUGUCAACCCACCGGUCGAGAGUUUCCCUUUAAUUUUCAAACUGAAUUCUUAUACAAACAAAGAGGCUCAAAAUUAACCCCUGAACAAGAUGAAAUCCCCCUGGAAACUAUUCAGCUCAUUUCAAAUAGUUCACUAUUAAGGAUUAAUAUUAAUCUUCCCUCGGAUUGGGGUCGAAGACCAGAAUCAAAGCCGAUCAAGAUCAAUUUUCGCUUCGUGAGGGAAUCGCGAUGUGGACCUGAGGAGAUUAUCACUUAUCCAUCACAGCUACAAGGAAGUAUUUUGUUUCCUUUUCAAAAGUCCAAAUCACGGCAGUCAGUUUCGCCCAUGGUUCGGACAGUAGCGAUGACCAAUAAGAUGACAACUGUAAAUAAAAGGCCAAUGGUCAAUCAGUCCUCUUUGGGGCCAUUUGGAUCACCUUUGGCCUCCUCGUCGGUACCAAUUGUAUCCCAAUCGCAUGAUGAACAAUCCUGGGUAUCGCCGGAAUGGCCUUUGUUUUGCAAAUGGCGGAUCCAUGUGAUGCACGACGUUGACCUGACCUUUAACGUUAAAAAUUUGGCUCUUCCGCCCGAUUGUUCAAACAAUUUCCUAUUGAUCAAAGAUGUUCCCUUUUGUGGUUACAAUCAACCAAUUCAAUCGGAGUAUAAAUCAUCAAAAGGUUUAUCAUCAUCACCAUCAUCAUCAUAUCAUAAUCAUCAUGUUCAUCACUCUCAUCAGCAUCAUCAUCAUUCAAGUGGUUCUGAUGGUCAACAAUUAAUAUCCAAUCCAGUUAAUGGUCAUCCAAAUAGUAUAAUUAUGAGACGAGAUGAGAUUCCAAGUUAUAUCAAUGGUUAUCCGAUUACCGGUGAUCAAGUGAUCACCGAUAAACCAAUUGAUAAAAUUGUCGAUAUUUACCUGAGUUCCAAUGUACCUGAGGUGACAUCUUUCCAAUUGUAUUGGACACAAUUGAAAAUGUUACCUGAUGCCGUUGAUACAACUGAGCUAUUGGUCUCCCUUUCAGCUGAUUGUGAUUUCUUUUGUAAAUCAUCACGAUCUUGUCUUAAAUCAUCACUGGUUUGUAACGGUUUCCCCAAUUGUCCAAUUAAAUCGUUAAACACUUUGGACAGUUCGAUAUCGGAAGAUGAAUCGGAAGAACUUUGCUCGAAACCAUCGCUUCUUCAUUCACUGGUAUCAAAUCGUUUCCUUCUAAUUGGAAUAUUAUUACUAAUUCUAAUCAUCCUUCUUCUUCUUAUAAUUACAAUUACCCGUCGAUUGUUGGUUAAAUAUCGUCGUAAAAUUGAUUCCACAUCAUUCUGACAAUUACCUUCGAUCGUCAACAAAAAACAACCAACACCAAUUCCUUGUGAUUAUAAUCAUUCUGGACACCAUGUUGGUUAUAAUGGACGACGAUCAAUUGAUCAACCGAUGAUAAUUAACUCCAAUCAACAAUAUCAAUUAUAUUAUUCAAUUGAUGGUUCUACUGGUCAAUCAACGUUAUCUCAUUUGGAUACAAUUAACGAUGAUCAUGUUUACGCUUAAAUUAAAUCAACAAAAUUUAAUAAUUAUGAUUAAUUUUUGCCUUCACCUAAAUUUGCCUUUCAAUUUUCAUUGAUUGUAAAUCUUAAUUGUAAUUGCAAUAUUAAUAAUGUAAAUAUCUAAACUUGACCAAUAUCUUUUCUGUUUUUAUAUUGAUUAUUGUCUAUAAUUUCGGCACAAUUAACUAAUUAUCAAUUGUAAAUAUCAAUUUUAAAUUGUAAAUUAAU